AUGUACUACUUUUCAGCGUCAUCUACAACCACCUAUUUCCUUAUUUCCUCCUCCUCCUCCUCCUCCUCCUCCUCCUCCUCCUCCUCUUCUUCCGAGCACCCAUCCCCAAUCACGACCUGGCUUCUCCCGCUAUUGUACCUGUAUCUCGCAUACUACUACUACUACUACUACUACUACUACUACUACUACUACUACUACUACUACUACUACUACUCACUGCCCGCAGGUGUUCUGCUCGGCCGCGGCGGCGAAAGCUUCGGAUGA